AUGGGUUACGGUGAAUAUGGUGUUGCAUCUGGUUAUUUUCCGUCACAACAACCGAAUCCCAAUAUUUGGGAAUCGAGCAAUGUCUUAUCUGAAGAAGAUGAGGCAAAUGAAGAAUGUGAGGAUGAUGGUGAGGGAAAUGAAACUCCUUCUCCCCAUCAAAACUUCAGUCAAAUGUUACAGCAACCACUCCAAUCAACUCCUGAAUAUCGUGUUGGUGGUUCAAACAAUAGAGGUUGGUCGCGAUCAGAAACUGCGGCUCUUAUAUCCGGCUACAUGAACACCAGCACCGACAUAAUUAUCGGCACAAAUCAAAAGAAGGGUGUAUUUUGGAAGAGAGUCUUGGACGCAUACGAUGCUGCCAGGGAAUCGAAUCCAGAUGAAACAUCCUUACGAAAUAUUAGUAGUUUGAAGGGAAGCUAUGAUAAGGCCCGGAAGCGAAAGGGAAGUGGCUAUAACGAAGAUGAUGUUAUCCAAGAGGCCCACAAAAUCCAUGAGAACUCGUUCGGACGAUUCACCUUCUACGAGGAAUGGAUCCAACUAAGGAAGUGGGACAAAUUCCGGUCUUUCUUGGACCAACAAACAUUCAAGCCAUCGGUGGGACGUCCACAUUCAACUCCACUGACGGAUGAGUCUGUAGGGAGCGGAAGUAGUGGGAAGAGGACACGGGAUGAGGGUGACAAUUCCUCACCUACCACACCAACCAGCGUGGGUGUCGGUGAUGAGAGAGUAGCUCGUGCUGAAGGUAUUAAAAAGGCUAAGUCGAGGUUGAAGGGUAAAGCUCCAUCAAGUCAAGCAUUUAAGGAAUUAGAAACAUUCAACACUCGAUUGCAGCUUUUUGGGGAGUCGAUGAAUGUGUCAAACGAAGCAGAAAUGAAGAGACUUGAAAUACAAGAGCGCAAGGAGGCAAGGAAACAACGGAAAAUUGAGCUAGAGCAAUAUAGGAUCAACUAG